CAGGACAGAUGUAUUCCCCAGCAGUCGCCACCCCGCCACUCUCACACUGCCUCCAGCGCUGACUGGAGCGCCUUAUAACUGCUUUAUUACCACCGCUGCAUGCGCUGCGGGGAGUGACAUGAAGACGGACCGAGCCGGGUGGUCACGUCCACAGGGAAACCGAACGCCGUUUACUGCUAUAGCCUAAUUACACCAGUCAUUGAGAUCAGAUAUUCAUGAGCCUAAGAUCAGAUAGAUCGGGCUGUUAUCCAGGAUAUUAUAGCUCAUCUGUCAACCUGUGCAGAAGGGAACUGUCCUCUCAGUCGUGAUUUCUGGUUCGGGUAAGCGACAAAAUCUCGCUUCAUUUGGAUGAAGAGGCCCUGAAUGGAUCGACGCCUCGCUGCCAAGGCGAAUCUGAGGAAAUAGCGAUGAAAUAGUAGGUCUGUUAUUAACGCAAGUUAUUCGCCUUUGCGCCGCGGAUUAUGUUGGCGUUUCCAUGGACACAUCACGUUGAUGCGCAGGUACGCGGUUACACAAUAUAUGGUGUUUUGAUGCAUGUUGUAGGCUAUGCAACCGAUAUUUUAACAGAAAAUGUGUUUUAUGAUUCAGCAAUUUUAUGUAAUAAUAAUAAAAAGGUGCACUGACUCGGAGGUUUAGAAAUACAUAUGCGCCGACGAGGGGUUGCGUAAAGCAGCAUUGCUGAUAAUCUGCAGAUCGUGAUGUGUGAAUACAUGACGAAGGGAAUUCCCUGUGUUAUCCGAUAUGCUGUCGUGAGAAAAGCCGUUUUGGCUCCGUUGAACUUGUGUGCGCGCUGGGCUUCACCUUCAGAUUUAACCAAAAAAAAAUAAUAAUAAUAAAUAAAUAAAUAAUAAUUCUGGUUGAUUGCACUGAAGCUCGAACUCAUAUGACGUAAUACACACUUCUGCUGAGUAAUAAAAAUAUAUUACAUAUUAUUUAUUUCAUUUAUUUAGGCUAUUACACUUUUUUUCGACAUAUCUAGAGCAAUCUUUAAAUAAAUACAUCGUUAAAUAAACAGAUUGGUGAAAUGAUAUUGGAUGGACGAUUCAGCUCCUAAAGAGACUGAACAGCCUUAUCCUCAGUGUAAGAAGAGUGUCUUAAACAUGUUAUUUUUGCUACGCUUCAAUUAAAUUUUUAGUAACGUUAAAAAUGUAUAUAACAAGUUAGUUAAUGUGUGUCUUUAAUACCAAUAAAUCCCCCCCCCCCCCAAAAAAAAAUAAAAUAAAAAAAAAUAAAAAAAAGUCGCGUUCUCGUGAGGAGGUAACCAUAGCAACAGAACGCUAAUCUAGAUUUUUCUUUUGAGAUCAGGCGGUACUGUCGGCGACAACGAACAAUAAAGUAGGCUACUUUUAUUAUUUUUCCCUUUAUUGUGGACUUGCAACAAGCCAUCUAUAUUCUAUAGGCCUAUUAAAUAUAUAUAUAUUUAAAAACGUAUCUCAAAUAAUUGGCAUAUACUAAAUGUGCUGGAGUAGACUACUUGUACAAGAAUAUGUGUAAAAAAAAUACCUAUAGAUAUCCCUUCAGUCAUCUGAAAGUUGCUGCAUAGCCUAAUUUGCUCACUGAUUUUGAUAUCCUUGUUACUGAUGCUGCAGUACUCCCCCAGUCAUUCUAUAUUCACAAUGCUGCAUCACAUUUUCAGAUGUGAGGGAAGGCAGGGGUUGACGGAGUGAAUCUUUGACUGUAUUUGACCAUUAUCUAUGACAUAUGAGAAAGAUCCUUUCAUUCCCUGCAACCAGCUGCAAGAGACCAAAAAAGCUUUUGUAGUAGUAAUACACUUUUGUAGGUAUUUGUUAAAAAUGGGUACUUAUCCUUAGGAGAAAACAUCCAUCUUUCAAGAAUAAACUGAGACUUCAGUGGUGAGCUUGAAAGUAGCAAACUUCUGUUCAGAAAUGUGUCUUUAAAGCUGAUGGCAAGAUGUAAGACAAGGUCUGUUAGUGUGCAGAGUUGCUUGUGUGUGUCUCUUGCUCUGAAUUGUAAUAUAGAGAGUGGAACAGAACCAACCGCUCCUGUGCCAUUCUCUGUGCCAGCUCUCCAAGGUGCCCGUUAUGUCAAGAAGCAGACUGCAGUAACCUCCGCUAGCACAGAGGGGUUCCUGUAGUGAUAGCAAACACUGCAUUUAUGCAUAGGUGAACAGACCUCAUUUACUAUUUAAUGGACUGUAAGAUCAGGUGUCAUCCGCAUGCAAACACUGCAGAAACUCUCUGUGCUGACAUCACCUCCGGGAACGCGCUCAUACACACAUGCACGCUCGCUCAAGCAUUUUUCAGACAUGCAAUACAUUGUCAUACUGCAGUGUAAGACUUCUAAUUCAAAAUGUUGCAAACGGCCACAAAUUGCAUACACAAUACAGUGAUCCACAUUAUAGGUGGGAUACUUUGUGAAUUCUCUUUAAUGUUCAGGAAUGGUGAAUAAAUACAUUAUUAAAAGUUCAUAUUAGAUGUUAGUGAGUGUGGAGUUUGAAUAUUGUUUGUAUAACCAGCAGAAAAUAUAUUAUUUAGUUUCUACAUUGGAUACAUUAUAAUGCACAAGAAAUAAUCUCUUUUCAUCAAUUUUAUUAGUAUUUUUAGUAACACUAUUUAGAAAUAUGGAAAAGUUUUAUGACUUUAAUUUUCCCAGUUGCCCAUGUCAGUGAUUUAUGAAGUAUAAAAGUGAUGGUGAUAGGCUGAGAAGGAAGAUAGCUGAGCUGGAGUGUGUUGAAAAACCAAAGGUGCUGCUGAGUGUAAAGAAAUGACAUCCACUAAUCCUCCCACUGGUCCUAUUUUUACCUGAGGUGCCUUUGGAACUGAAGACCUGUCAAAUGAUCCUAAGAGAGUGUAUUUGUGGGGCACAUUUUAAUAAAACAGAGGAAAAUUAAAAACUGCAUGGUGUCUAGACACAGCCAAAAAAGCAAAAAUAAUGAAUUAUUACUUACUUCAAUCUGCACCGUUUUUGAAGACUAUGCAUAUGCGUAAAAUGUACAAGGGAACUCUGGAGUAUGACGUAUGAGGAAACCCACAAUGAAUCAAACAUCAAUAAAGCAAAAUGACAUGAAACAAAAACAGUGAAGUAGUCAUUAGGUGCCAUGUUUGUUAGAGCAGCAUCUUGGAGGUUUCAAAUAGAUUAAUUAGCAGAAGUUAUUACUCCUCUACCUGCUAGUGACGUCAAUAACCACUGUUCUAUAUUGUUGAACCAACAACAUACUUAAGGCUCACAAAACUUACGUCUGUGGUAUUAAUGACUGUACAUUUGAAAUUGUGUAGUACUGUAAAUACUUUCUCUUUACUGACCUUUCUCUUUCUUUGUUCCUCUCUCUGUCUCUUUGUUUUUUUCUUACCAUUUCCCAUUUCUUUUCCCUAUUCUUCACACUUAUUUCUUAGGUUCUAAAAACUCUCAAAUUAUUUUCAUCUUCUUCGUUGUUUAUUUAUAGACUCUGUUUUGAUGAUAAUCUAUUAGGAGCCAAGGAGGAUUGUGUUUGCUAGCUGGAACCCAUUGGCCAAUCGAUGGGAAUAACUGAGCUCUUUUAGAUUCAUUAAAGAUUAAUUAAAUACCUUAUUGUCAAAUCUUUAAGGUCAAUAGCCAUUAUCAUAGCCAAGUGCUCUAACAGAGGACAAGCCAGAAGAGUUCCUAUCUGGUCCUUCACCUAUAUGUCCAGACAAUUACAGUUCAGGCCAGGUCCGAUCUAGGAUUCAGGUCAGGGUUCCGGCCUUUUCCUCAAACCCUUGUUCAAACCCAUCCAGUCCGUAGACGUGCUUCCACACAGUUGCCACCAUUCGCCCCUCUCUCGCCACAGCAGUUCUCCCGUCCAGGCCCCGCUCCAACCCGGCGUCAGGCAUGGCGCCUCAGGGGCGGGAUCACCUGGCCACACGGGAGUCUGCAGGUCGUAGACGGAGCCCAAACGUGCGACACACACUCAGCCCGGACAAUCUUCGGAGUUUAGCCGAACGUGGUGGAGCCGAGCAGGCUGGAGUUGGACUCCUCAGAGCCAACAGUGAUACAGACCUGGUCAGUUCUCAAGGGCGAUCCUCACUCACAGCUUCUACUUUAGAGUUCACUAUGUGCCGGGGCCAGAACUUGGUCAUCUCAUGGGAUAUCAAGGAAGAGGUGGAUGCCACAGACUGGAUUGGCCUGUACCACAUAGAUGAGACCUGUCCAUCAAACAUGUGGGACUGCAAGAACCGUGGGGUUAAUGGUACACAGUGUGGGCAGAUUGUCUGGAGGUUGGAGGCAGGGCCGUACUUCCUUGAAGCUGAGACAAGGAUCUGUUUUAAAUAUUACCAUGGAGUCAGUGGUGCGCUGAGAGCCACAACACCCUGCAUCACAGUCAAGAACCCCAGAGCCUCGGUCGACGGUCAAGGUGAAGGACAGCAAGCUUCAGAGAGCAGUCGAAAACUGGUCAGCUUUACCCUAUCAGAUAUCCGUGCAGUGGGGCUGAAGAAGGGGAUGUUUUUUAACCCAGACCCUUAUUUGAAGAUGAGCAUUCAUCCAGGCAAGAGAAGCUGCUUUCCGACCUUUUCCCAUCAUGGCCAAGAGAGACGAUCCGGCAUUACAACUAACACUACUAAUCCUGUGUGGCAUGGAGAGAAACACACUUUUGUGGCUCUUAUGACAGACGUCUUAGUGAUUGAGAUUAAAGACAAGUUUGCUAAAAGUCGCCCAAUUAUUAAGCGCUUCCUGGGUCAGCUGAACAUUCCGGUGCAGAUGCUGCUGGAGAGACAUGCGUCAGGGAACCAAUCACUGAGCUUCCCUCUAUGUCGUCGUUUGCCCACUGAUCAUGUGAGCGGUCAAAUGCACUUUAAAGUGGAUAUCACAUCUAUGAGCCAAGAUGAUGUUUCCCCUGAGACGAUUCUAGGGGCAGCAGCCCUCAAUGGAGCUCCUGGAACCCCUUCAGAUGAUGAAGAGCUGCCCCGUUCUCUCCCUGUCCCAUCAGCAGGCCCUUCACCCACUGGCUCCCUGGGUUCCCACAGAAAUGGGGAAGGUAGCAGCAUACCCUCCCCGGACACCGAGAUGUAUGGAGCCACCCUGGAUGAUGAGGGCCCUUCUUCUCCAGACCUGCUCCAGGGUUCUUUCAGUGAGCAGCUUGAUGCCAUUGAUGCUCCUAAGGGCCCGGGAGAUAGGCCUCUUGGGGCAGCUUCUCCAAAACUGCGAUCCAGCUUUCCCACACACACACGCCUCAGUGCUAUGCUGCACAUCGAUUCUGAUGAAGAUGAAGAGAGGUCUGCUGCUACGGAGGCCACGCUGCCAACAUUUAAUGGUUUUUCAAGGACUCAACAAACACCCCCAAAACCACCAAUUACAGAACCUGUGUUUAAAAGAUCUGUAGAGGAACCUCCAGAAGAGGCUGGACUGGAGUUGAAAAUAGACACUCUGAAUAUAGGAACAGAGGUGCCUCCUGAGCCAGAGGUCAUGCCGAGUUCAGUCGCCCCUGAGGUGGAAACCGCCAGCUUGAUGGAGAGGCAAGAGGAAGAGGAGGAGGAAGUGGAGGCAGAGGAGGAAGAAGAAGGACUUGCACCCAGUGAGGAGCUGGCAACCGAAGUUGAUAUUUCUUCAAUGGCAUCUGACUGCUGCCCAGGCCCUACAUCUGCUUCUCAGGAAGCAGAACAGGGGGCAGAGGCAGCCAUUGACCCAGGGGGAGAAGAUCUUUCAGAUGAUCCACCCACAAUUUAUGAGGUUGCUGAGACUGCUGAAGAAACCCAUCCAACUAAUGAGCAAGUGAGGGAUGCUCCAAAACCAGAACCAUCAGCCAUUGAGGAGGAUGAAUGUGAAGAUGUGACUGAGGACACAAUGUCCAGAAGGUGGAGCCUGGAGGCAACAGCAGGUGUGUCACAGGAGGACGAGGAAGAGGAGGAGUUAAUGCCAUCAGGUGAUGGAGAAUCUGUGGAUUCUGAGACCUUCGUUACCGAGACAGAAUCAGAAUUAGGUGUCCCUCAGAUAAACGGAGAUCAGCGUGUUCAUUCUCUGCCAUCUGUAAGACAAGAUGUCCACAGAUACCAACGUGUGGAUGAGCCCUUACCUCCCAACUGGGAGGCUCGUAUUGACAGUCAUGGCCGUAUCUUCUUUGUUGAUCAUGUGAACCGCACCACCACAUGGCAGAGACCCACUGGCCCACCUGCCCCACAGGGUCUGACCCGCUCCAGCUCCAUACUGCAGAUGGAACAACUCAACCGCAGAUAUCAGAGUAUCCGUAGGACAAUGACCAGUGAAAGAUCUGAGGAACAGAGAGUGGACGAUCCUCCUCCUGAAGAAACAGACCUGCUGUCCCACUCCAUCUCUGAAUACCGGCGGGACGGCUUUAUGGGUCAAGCCAGCUCACGUUCUCGUCUGGCUUUGCUGCUUCAAUCUCCCGGUGCAAAGUUCCUCUCCAGUCCAGACUUCUUCUCUGUUCUGCAUUCUAAUCCUAGCGCCUAUCGCAUGUUCACAAGUAACACGUGUCUGAAGCACAUGAUCAGUAAAGUCCGACGGGACGCCCAACACUUUGAGCGGUACCAACACAACCGGGACCUCGUAAACUUCCUCAAUCUGUUCUCCAACAAGCAGCUAGAGCUGCCACGGGGCUGGGAGAUGAAACAUGACCAAACUGGGAAGGCCUUCUUUGUGGAUCAUAACUGUCGUGCCACUACGUUUAUUGACCCACGGCUGCCUUUACAGAACUCCCGGUCCAGCGGCCUGCUGGUUCACCGACAGCACCUGUCCCGCCAGCGCAGCCACAGUGCAGGAGAGGUAGCAGAUGACUCUCGCUCUCCGAGUCCUCCUGUCCAGGGCCGUUCAUCAAGAAGCAGUCAGUACCAGGACUUGGUGCCUGUGGCUUAUAAUGAGAAGAUUGUUGCCUUUCUGCGACAACCCAACAUUUUUGAGAUUCUGCAAGAGAGACAGCCAGAGCUCGUGAGAAACCACUCCCUUAGAGAAAAGGUUCAAUUCAUCCGCAAUGAGGGGCCAGCUGGGUUGACCCGUCUGUCUAGUGAUGCAGACCUGGUUAUGUUGCUCAGCCUGUUUGAAGAGGAAGUGAUGUCGUAUGUGCCGCCCAAUGCCUUACUGCUCUCCAGCUACUGUCAUGCCUCCCCACAGAGCUCCCCUGGAACUCCGCGGGCCAAUGCUCGAGCCCCUGCACCCUACAAGCGUGAUUUUGAAGCCAAACUAAGAAACUUUUACCGCAAAAUGGAGACCAAGGGCUACGGGCAGGGGCCAGGAAAAGUGAAGUUAAUAAUUAGAAGAGAUCACCUACUGGAGGAUGCUUUCAACCAGAUCAUGUGUUAUUCCCGCAAAGACCUCCAGAGGAGCAGGCUUUACGUCAGCUUUGUUGGAGAAGAAGGAUUGGACUAUAGUGGUCCAUCCAGAGAAUUCUUCUUCCUGGUUUCCCGAGAGCUGUUUAACCCAUACUAUGGACUAUUUGAAUACUCAGCAAAUGACACUUACACUGUGCAGAUCAGCCCCAUGUCAGCCUUUGUGGACAACCAUCAUGAGUGGUUCCGGUUCAGCGGACGCAUUCUGGGUCUUGCUCUAAUUCAUCAGUACCUGUUGGAUGCGUUCUUCACCCGACCCUUUUACAAAGGCCUUCUUCGCAUCCCGUGUGAUUUGAGUGAUCUAGAGUUUCUGGAUGAGGAGUUCCAUCAGAGUUUGCAGUGGAUGAAAGACAAUGACAUUGAGGAUAUGCUGGACCUCACCUUUACUGUCAACGAGGAAGUGUUCGGACAGAUUACAGAGCGUGAGCUCAAGCCGGGUGGGUCUGGCAUUGCUGUGUCAGACAAGAACAAGAAAGAGUACAUUGAACGCAUGGUGAAGUGGAGGAUUGAGAGGGGUGUGGCCCAGCAGACCGAGAGUCUUGUGCGAGGAUUCUAUGAGGUUGUGGACGUCCGACUCGUCUCAGUGUUUGAUGCCCGAGAGCUGGAGCUGGUCAUUGCUGGAACAGCGGAGAUUGAUUUAUCCGACUGGAGAAGCAAUACAGAAUACAGAGGAGGUUAUCAUGACAACCACAUAGUGAUUCGAUGGUUCUGGGCAGCAGUGGAGCGUUUCAAUAAUGAACAGAGACUACGACUCCUUCAGUUUGUUACAGGCACUUCCAGCAUUCCCUAUGAGGGCUUUGCCUCUCUGCGGGGCAGUAAUGGCCCACGUCGAUUCUGUGUGGAGAAAUGGGGCAAAGUGACUUCCCUCCCACGGGCUCACACCUGCUUUAACCGCCUGGAUCUCCCUCCCUACCCCUCCUUCUCCAUGCUCUACGAGAAGAUGCUCACUGCUGUGGAGGAGACCAGCACCUUUGGUCUAGAAUGAGCUCCCAAAAGUGCUACUAAUUUUUCCCCAGUUCCUAACAACCUUGCUCACCAUACAGACUUUAUUUUCAUCCCUAAGUCUUCACUACGAUCUUGGUCACCAGACAUAAUCUUUUCGUCGAAGUCUACAGAACUGGAAUAUAUGCCAUCAAAUGACUCAUUGGGCAUGUGCCUACUCCUGCUCUAUAGAGUAUGAACUCAAAGCCUAUGAUAACUGAAAUCAAUUCUUCACACAAAGACAGACUUAAGCCCAAAGUAUACUUCAGCUGUCCGCAUUUCACGACGGUCAGCGCACUGUCCGUGUGAUGUAAUCGUUGUCAUCAGGAGGGUCCGCGGGCGGUGCGCAUGUGCGAGUGACUUGAGCGCUUGGAAACAAAAUCCACGCCGAACUUUGAAAGGCUCACGCACCCAACUAUGCGCGAGACAGAGAGGAAUGCAGAAAAUGAAGUUUACCCGGACCUUUACACAUUGACAGAAAUCAGAACUGGAAUCUUGGUUAUCUGGUUUUGGCCUUUGGAUUGGUUUAGACCAGUACAUUUUGAUCUUGGUUUUAGGACUUUGCCUUUUGUUCUUGACUGAGCUGCUUUUUUAAAAGUCAAAACUAUAUCUAUAUGGUUUAAAGGGACAAAGCUGUGAUGAUUUUUGCUGCAGGUCUUUGUUAUGGAAAGAUAAUGUCAGUUAAAAAAGGACUUUUUUGGUUUCAGAGGUUUCACUUAAGGUUGGCGUUCUUGGUUUUAAGGGGUCUAAAUGACACUGAUCUUGGCUGCAGUUCUGAAAACUCAUUCUUUUUGCCAUCUUUCAAGAGAAUGAAACCAUUAAAAAACACAAAACAGCAUGCACACUCUCUUAUAGAGAUCCUUGCACCAAAUGUAGUGGUUGUAGAAUAGCAACCUGAACAUCCUAGGUUCAAACCCUGGAAAGGAUGACCUAUGAACUAGAGAGUUCCUCUAUCACCUCUUGUGCCCUUGAGCAAGACAUUUAUCACCAGACUGUUCCAGGGGACUGUAAAUGUAGUAAUUCACUUUGGUCGCUGAUUAACUAACAAACACCAACACUCAGUACUUUAUAACACACACACACACACAUUUUUUUAAAUCCGCCUUUCAACCUUUUAUGCAACCCACAAAUGUUACAAAAAAAAAAAACUAUGAAUGUAUAAACACUGAUCACCAUGUGCAAUGUGUGCAACAGAUAUUUGUGUAUCAGGAAUGGUAGAUUUGUUCUUAGAGUUAAUCAUAAGGAGACCUAUUGUUCUAAACUGUGGUGACAGACACAAACAGUGGCCUUGAAAUCAUCUUUAUUAAAAUUUAGUUCAAAAUAAAAUAGUUGGGGUAUAGUUAAUAUGACGGUGAUGUGUGCAGUCCACUGAAGUAAUUUAAAACCAGGACUGCAGUGGUUGAAACCAGUAAAAACAGAUUAACGAGAUUCUUCUGCUAUGGAAAAAUAAAAGAAAAAAACAUGUUUUAGCAUGUGUAGGGAGCAGCAAGCCAAACUGUAACACCCUUGCACAAGUGGUAUGAAGUGUUUUGGAAAUAUGACAUAAUAAUUGAACAAUCUCAGUGCAGGAAUUUUCAUUUAAUGUAACCACAGAUUGAAGCUAAACACUAAAAUAAUGGAUGAAAAGUUCCUCAUUUUUGGGUGACAAGCUGCACCCCUCGUUUACAGACAUGUAGUUUCCGUCUGUGGUCCCUCCACAAGCCCUCACGCAUGCACUCAGCAAUACAUGGAAAUCACGCAUUCACACCACACACAUGCUGAUCUGACCAAAGCUCAGAUCCUAGGAUAUGGAUUUGUCUAAAAACAGCUCCUUUCUCUAUGUAAGUGAUCUUUGGAUAAAAUACUGCAUGCAGGGUCAAAGAAGCAGUACCUGAGUUUGACCCUUAGAUGGCGUUGUGUCAUAGCUUGAUAUUGCAUGCUGGAAUUAGUGAAACAACAAAUCCAGAUUAUCUUAAUUUGCAUGAGAAGUUGCUGUUAAUAAGGGGUGGGAUGGGACUGGGGACAGACAGAAAUGAAUAAAUAAAUGAAAAAACUGAAAAUGUCACUUCCAUACUUUUCAUACAUCAUCUGCGCUGUUAUUUAAACGUUGUGGGUUACUGAUCGUGUAAGAUGAUGCUGAUGAAAGAGCCAUCACUUGAAAACAGUUGGUGAAAAUGUGAACCUGCAUGCCUUCCAUCAUGAUGUGUCCAUUUUUGUAUAUAGCUGUAAUAUAUGUAUGUCAGUCUUGUCCUGUGUUUAAAUUAUAUUUUGCACUGAAUGCACCAGA